AUGUCUAAUUGUGUAGAUAAUGAUGAAAAUGAACAUCUCAUCACUUUAUUUUGUUUUGAUGUAAGAAAAUUCUGUCAUGACGAAAUAUAUGGUGAUGGCGAAAAUGACUUAGAAUCUGGUGAUAUAUAUCUUCGUCCUCAAACAUGGGUUAUCUCUACUAUAAAUGGAAGUUUAAUGUUUAGAAAAGGAAAAAUUAAUGCCCGUAUUUUUCUCAAGAUUACCAAGAAAAAUUUCAGAGAUUAUGACUCAAAGGGUGGACCUGUAACAAUGCUUGCCGACUUCGUUAGGGAGCGUAAAAGGAAAAAAUCGAAGCUGUUCUCCUUACACCACGGUUUGAAGGGAGAGUUGGUAGAAUGUGGUCUUGAAUCUGAAACAUAG